CCCUCCGGCUGUGACGCGCUUUGUCCGCAGCCGGCACCCGUCGCGGCCAUGGAUGCCCCCGGUGGGAGCCGCCCGGUGACCGUCAGCGACGUGCAGGAGCUGGUGCGGCGCAAGGACGAGCUGGAGGCGCAGAUCAAGGCCUGCUACGAGCUGCUGGAGAGCCAAAAGGGCGUGGGGAUGAACGAGCCGCUGGUGGACGCGGAGGGGUUCCCCCGCGAUGACAUCGACCUGUACCAAGUGCGCACCGCCCGGCACAGCAUCGUCUGUCUGCAGAACGACCACAAGGCCCUCAUGAAGCAGGUGGAGGAAGCUCUGCACCAGCUGCACGCCCGCGAGAAGGAGAAACACGCCCGGGACGAGGCAGAGGCAAGGGCCGAGGCGCUGAGCCAGAGCCAGAGCCUGCCACAGCCCUUUGCCAGGGUGAACGCCGUGACCCCGGGGUCUCCUGCCAGCGUAUCGGGCCUCCAGGUGGAUGAUGAGAUUGUGGAGUUUGGCUCCGUCAACGUGAACAACUUCCAGAACCUGCAGAACAUCGCCACAGUGGUGCAGCACAGCGAAGGGAGGCCCCUGAGCGUGACUGUGAUCCGUGGUGGCAGAAAAGUGCACGUGGGGCUGAUCCCCAAGCGCUGGGCUGGGAAGGGCCUCCUGGGCUGCAAUAUCAUUCCCUUGCAGAGAUAACCAUCGCCUGGAAAACAAUAAAGCCAAAGCUUGUGCCUGC